AUGGAUGAUCAAUGCACCAUGACUGAUCAAGAAGGACACGACCACCAUGAGUUGUCUCUCUCGGAUGAAGAUAGCCCAGACAAUUCGAUGGACCAAGUCGAGCGAGCAGAGGCUGGGGUAAAUACGGCUCCAAGAACAAAUGUUCCUAUCAUCAGAGAUGCCCCUGCUUCUGUGCCUAUUCCCUGCCACAGCAUCCGGCUAGGCGAUUUCCUGUUGCUUCAAGGCCGCCCCUGUCAAGUCAUUCGCAUCUCGACGAGUUCCGCUACAGGACAAUACCGAUACCUUGGUGUUGACCUCUUCACUAAGCAACUCUGCGAGGAGUCCUCUUCGAUUUGGAAUCCUGCCCCUAGCGUCGUUGUGCAGACAAUGAGUGGCCCUAUCUUUAAGCAGUACCGUGUUCUUGAUAUACAAGAGGGCCAGGUCGUCGCUAUGACUGAAACCGGGGAUAUCAAGGAAAGCCUACCCGUUAUUGAUCAGUCCAAUCUCUAUUCUCGAAUUGAGCAGGCUUUCGAUUCUGGACGUGGCUCUGUCCGCUUGCUAGUCCUCAACGAUGGUCAUCGUGAGCUUGCUGUCGACAUGAAGGUUAUCCACGGAUCUAGACCGGACAGCGGCGAACCGGACAAGAAAUUCAGAGAAGCUGUUCGCGAGAAUGAUCAAGCGAAUGUUGAAAGGUCCCUUAAUAUGGGGGCAGAUAUCGACGUGUUAAACGAUCAGGGGUGGACAGCCUUGUUUACAGCUUUAGAAAACUACAACACUAAAUUAAUUUAA